ACUCAAGAGGUGAACUGUCUCGACAGUGACAUCUAUUGGCGGUGCUUUCACAGUUCUCGCGAUGUUUCGGCACCGCUCAGUCUCCAGACUGCGAGAAGAUGAGCGAUGGCAAUAGAAAACAAACCUGGUGAGGUAUUUGACACAGUUUUCAGUCGAAAUGACUCCUUAGAGCUGUCGUCGCAUCACGACUGCGAGACUGCACAAGCUCGGGUUUUCAAGAUAAUCGUGAUAGGAGAUUCAAAUGUGGGGAAGACGUGUUUAACUUACAGGUUCUGCGGUGGCACUUUCCUGAAGAACCCAGAGGCAACCAUCGGGGUCGAUUUCAGAGAGAGGACGCUGGAGCUCGAUGGGGAGAGUAUCAAGCUGCAGAUCUGGGACACGGCAGGUCAGGAGCGUUUCAGGAAGAGCAUGGUGGAGCACUAUUACCGCAGCGCCCAUGCCGUCAUCUUCGUGUAUGACGUGACAAGCCUCCUUUCCUUCGAGAGCAUCCCUGAAUGGAUUGAGGAGUGCAGCCGACACUCUGUGGGGCCCCUGGUGCCCCGCAUCAUGGUGGGGAACAAAUGUGACCUGAAGGACCGCCGGGAAGUGCCCACGUCAGCUGCCCAGUGUCUAGCCGACAGCUACAAUUUCCCACUGUUUGAGACUUCGGCCAAGGAACCUUCUGAGAAGGAACACGUUGAUGCCAUCUUCCUGACUUUGGCUUACAGACUGAAGAACCACAAACCUCUGAGACUGAAGCAGCCUAGUGAGAGCAGUAUAAGGUAUCUGUGGAACCAGAGAGAGCAAGAAGCAGCAGUUUGUCAGUGCUGAGGUCACCUACAUCCUGUUGUGGAUGGAUGUGCACAGAGCGUGUCUCAAGGUCAUCACAGCCUUCAUUGACAACAUGGGUGCUGAGGAAAGCAGUGCUGAACAGACCUUCCUCUCAUUAAGACUGUAUUCAGAAAGGCCUCAUAUGAUCAUGGGAUAGAAAAGGAAGAAGAUACCUAUGACUUUACUUUUUUUUUCCUUCCUGCUGUACCACACAUAUAGUGACAGUAUGGGCCAACAAGUUUGCACAAUAUUUAAUCAACAUUUCAAUGAAAUGCAUGUAAUGAUGUGGAGGUAUGCAAAAACAUUUUUAGCUCAAACUGCACAUAAAAUCACUUUGAGUCAAAGAAACAGAUGAUAUGCAAUCAGCCGUCUAGCAGCACUAAUCUACAGUAUUCAAUACAGACAGUGAAUUAAAGGGGAACUAGUUUUCAGUGUGUGUAAAGGGACCAAUAAGGUAAACUGAAACUGUGAAGAAAAUUGUGCAAUCGUUUUAUUUAACAAAUGUUUUACAGUGACAUUUCAGUUCUUAAGAAAAAUAUAACUGCAUUGGGAGUGCUGUUGUGGAAUGCGCAUCUCUUAAACACAAAUAUGAUCAUAACCAGCUUUAUUGUCAGCUCAUUCGCAUACACACUCAAUCAAACCGGUAGCAGUAAUGACAACAUGUACUUGUCUUUUGAGACAAAUUGCAAAUCCAGAUAGUUCAACUGAUAAACAGUGAUUCAGUGGUCCUUGAAAUUCAUGUGUUGGCAUAAGGUAACUGAUGGUGUGAAAUAAAAUCACAAAUGAUACAUGUGUUGCAUGUAAAGCUGCAAGAAAAUAAAAAUGGUUUUAUCAGUAUUA